AUGCACUGCCCUUCUCCCGAUGAUUAUAUUGAGGAAGACGAUAAUUUUUCCUGUGAGACUUCCACGGAAAUGGAGAGGAAACGAAGAAGAGGGAUAAUUGAGAAAAAACGUCGCGAUAGGAUCAACUACCUCCUCUCUGAACUUCGAAGAAUAAUUCCCCUCGGUGCUCAAAAACAGACUUCCACAAAACUGGAAAAGGCAGAAAUUUUAGAGGCGACAGUGGAAUUCAAUCGACGUAUUCUCAGUGAUGGUACAGCUCUGAAUGCGGAAAUGCGUGUACUUGAGGACCGUAUGGCCGGCUUUCGCGAAUGCUUUACAGAAUUAACCCGGUAUCUUAGUGCCAAGCCGGUGAUGAGUUCAGAGGAUGACGAUUUACGCAGAAAACUUCUCACCCAUCUUCAUCAACGCAUCCUCAAGAUGCAUUACGAUGCCCAGGAACGUCUGGCCUCAAUCUCAUUAGUUUCGUCCAGAUUGAACACCGAUGGAAAUGCUGUUCCUCACCAACCAUCAACCUCUCAUCAAAGUUACUGGAAUAGUCAACCCAUUAAGAAAGAGGAAUAUCAAUGGAAGCAGUCAGACUACUCCCCACAAAACUCAUUUCAACACCAUCACCAUCACCAACAACAACAACCGACUCCAGAAAUCAAUGAAAGUCAGUCAACUACAUCCCCACCGUCUAUGCUUGAAACGCUCGAAGAAAAUGAUAGUGUUGGGAGAGCUGCCUCAACUCACAUGUUUCAACCAAUAUCGAACUCAAAUAUUAAUUUUCAAAGUUAUACUUACGAUCCGAGCCUUAAUUCUACAGGAGGAUAUGAAAGUUUUGCUUAUGGUUAUCAGCAGAAUUACCCAGAAACAGCUAGAUUUACACCAUAUUCAAGUGACCAUCAAUUUGAAUAUUGA